AUGGAGCAACGCUGGGCCCCAUACAAUGAACAGCGUUUGAAUCACCUCUUGUGGGCGGUGUCCAAACUUGGGGCACCUCGGGUGUUUCUCCAAGUGCUGGUGUUGAUCUUCUACACGGAAGGUCUUUUCAACUUGGACGAGGAAUUUCACUGGUUGGAGUUCUACGCAGGGACCGCCAACUGCACGGCAGCCAUGCGGCGUGCAGGUUUUACAUGUGGAAAGUUUGACAUCCUUUACUGUCCAAAACAGAAGCAGGGAUCCCGAAAGACCAACUGGCAUGAUAUGAUGACCCCAUCUGGAUUUGCAUUGGCGUUGGUCUUCUUGUUGAAGGCCAAGGUUGGCGACUGUAUCUCCUGGCUUGCAAUUGAAUGUUCCAGCUUUACCGCCGUCAACAGAGGAACAUCCAAGCGCAGUGCUUCAAAUUCUGUUGGAGAUACUUCAGCGCCUUCAGUCUUGCUGUCCAAUGGGAUGUUGGAAAGGACUAUAUUGCUUUUGAUGGUGUGUGCUGCGAAUUGCGGCGUUUGGAUUCUAGAACAGCCUGGAAAUUCCGUUCUGGAGUUUUAUCCGGCCUUUAUCCACUUCAUCAAAUGCCACUAUGACUACUUUGGGAACUGUGCUGUUCACCGGGUAGGUUGGUGGAUGUCGAUGUUUGGGGCUGCCACGCCGAAGCGUCAAUAUGCGUGGAGCAACAGUCGGGCCAUCAGAAAGUUGGAUGUGGGGUGGAAGAGGAUGAAGGCUAAGGUAAAAACUUGUGAGCACUACUACAACAAAGCUGGGAAAAAGUGCUGGAAAGGAACACGUUUUCUUAAGCAAACCCAGGAAUACCCAGUUCCCUUUGCCAACAACAUCGCUCAACUUCGUGGGGAACUCGUGUCUUCCCGGCCUUUUGACCCACUACCACCAAUGAGAUUGCCUACUGGCCCAGAAAUCUUGGAUGCCACACCAAAUGACCAACAGGGUCUUUUUGCCACGGCUGACCUGCCAGCAGUAUAUACAUAUUUGAGAAGGAGAAAAGGCUUAAAGCUUCCACCUCACUGGCAGCCCUACAUGCCUCAUGAGUUGCCUGAAACCAUACCUUUCCUGGAACAGGAAUUCUAG